AUUACGCAAUGAAAGAUGGUAAAUACGUACAUUUUAAUUCAUUGCUACUUAGAAACAUUUUGGUUAUUCUUGAGUGCAGAACAUUAUAGCUGCAAAACCUUUGCAGCAAUCUGGAGUCAGCCUACCCCUUCCUAUGGAGAAGAAGCAAUAACAGUAUAUUGUCGAAGGCUUUCAUGGCUGGAAUCACUGGGUUGCUGAGAGUCUUUCGGGCUGGAACAUGGCCAUACAGCUUCUGGAACAUGGCCAUACAGUCCAAAAGACUUACAGAAACCCAGCUAUAGCAGGGUCUUGUUUCCAUAAUUUGCUCUUACAUAAUUUUCACAUCUUUGUUCCAAGGAGCAAAAGGAAUAAAAUGGCCACAUGCUGCUUGGGGAAUUCUGGAAACUAUAGUUUCCUCUCCAAAUAAUUUUGUCAAGUUCUACUUUUUAGUGUGCAUCCUCAUCUUUCUCAUUGUUAAGCUAUUAUUGCCAGUCACAAAACUUCUGUCCGAAAUUGCCCUGCAAUUAAAACCAAUCUCCCUUCUCCUGAGAUAAUUUACAAUUUGUUUACAACUUUGAAGUGUCUAAAAGCAAUGAGAAAGAGCAAGAGGAAGUGAUGAAAGAACCUUCAGAAAGAAGAAGCAGCAAAAAAGUGUUUGCUUAUCAGCAUCAUAGCAACAACAUCUGCCGGAUGAUGCCACCAAGCAUAGCUGCUGAUUGUCCCCAAGUGAGCUUUCUUCAAAGGAAAAAAAAGGAGUGGAAAGGGAGAAGCUGCUUGUUUUAGAUAAUGGCUUUGUUGUCUUUGAUGGGUUCACUCUUCCUCCUUCCUGGGUAUUUCUGUGAUCUGAAUGGCCCAACAACUGUGUUUGCAGUUGUGGGUACCUCAGUAUAUGUAAACUGCACCUACGAUCAAAAGUAUGAAGCAAAUGUGAAAUAUUGGUGCAGAAGAAUGAACAGAGAUUGUCCCAUCAUUGUUCAGACUUCAGGGUCAGAGAAACUGGAGAAAGUAGAGAGAAUCUCCAUUAGAGACAACCAUGCAUUACUCCAGUUCACUGUUACAAUGGAUAACCUAACCAGCAUGGAUACUGGAACCUACAACUGUGGGGUGAAUGUGAAUGGAGGCCCAAAUCAAUUAGCUCCUGUUGAUGUGACAGUAACCACCGAAAAAUCAAAUAGCCCUGAGUUCAAGCAUGACUCCUUUCCCAGCCUGGAUUCUAGUUCCAUCAGUUACCUGGUUUAUGUGUCUUUCAUGGUGUCAAUUGGCUUGAAAAUGCCUAUCCUCCUUUGUCUGGCCUUUGCAAUGGGCUGGAUGUAUAGAAGGGACAGGCAGUCAUCUGCUCAGGUUGUAUCUGAGACGCCUUCAUAAGAGCCCCAAGACCUCCAACUCUGCAGAGUUUAUUUUGAACAGCACAUCAAAACAAGUAGAUACAAGAACUAAACAUACAAAGUGGAUUCCCUUUCACUCCUCUACUCACAUUUUCAUUCUGGAGAAAAAAAGAGGAAGGGGGAAGAGAAAUUGACUAAUAAUAGUCUUAUUAGUCAGAGACUGGCACGAAAGCUAGUGGAAGGGUUAAGUUUUCCCAGAACUAUUCAUCAGGCUAGCAAUACAGAAAGCAAGGUAUGCAGAAAGAAACAAAAAAAAUCCCAAUAUUGGGCCAGAUUUUGUGUCCUGGAAAUGUGCAGUUUAUACUCGGUCUCAAGAUGGAGAUAACAGGCAAAUGAAACAGCGGUGGGCGUACAUUUAUCAGGGUAUAUAUGGGAAACAUUCAGGGAUAGUGGGAUAUCAUUGUGCAGUAAUGUGUGUGAAAGAGAGAUUGCCAUUUUUAUUACGAUAAUAAACUGAAUAAUAAAUUGAA